AUGCAGCCAGAUCGUCGCUACGCAGAUCGAGCCGUGUUCUUUUCCCCAGCGACCCCUACAGAAGCACAGUCAGCGGUCUCAUCACCGAGGGCUAUCCUCACCGACGUCGCCAACGGCAUUCACGGUACAACAGCUCAGCAUCGGUCCACAGCCAACUGCGAGGAACCGACGCGCCGGAAUGCGCUGCCCCCGGCGAUUUGGGAGACCCGCUACCUCAACUCCACGGAGGCCUAUGCCGUGGUGCUCGCGAGCGACCUGAUCCUGAAGAAGCGAUCCGACAUGGGGUGGCGACGGGCAGUGGAUUUUUUCAUGCUUUCGUUGCUGAUGAGGUCAGUGGUGGAAGAUGCGAGGAGUGCAGUGCCAGGAACGGCGCCCUGGCGCUCGCCAACAGCGCACGCCGGAUGCGGUGCUCGCAGGUCCAGCUGA